AUGGCGAACAAAAGAGGCAGUAACUGCUCUGGAGACAGAAAAAGAAAAAAAGACUUGAGGAACAACAAAGUGAUGGAGGCUCUUGGCGAUGGGAUCUCAGAGCGCUGGAAUCUGAUGGAUGCAGUGCGAAGAUGUGGAGGUAAACAUGCGAGAAAAACAGCCAACGAUGAUGUCAUCUAUAUGAGCACACACACACACACACACACACACACACACACACACACACACACACACACACACACACACACACACACAGGAGAAUAAAAUAUAUGAUGGAGAUUAUUGAUGUAUGGGAGCCGCCUUUGAAACGCAGCCUGGAGUUAACUACAAAGAGUCCACGAGGAGCUUUUAGUGCAAAAUCAGCACAUCAGGAAGAUGUGGCGGACAGGUGGGGGAGGGCCAUGGCGUAUACAGAGGAUGUGUUAUCAGUCUGUCACAUAUAUACAAGACCGUAUCACUCUCAUGGUGGAAACAUUUGUAUUUAGAAGAAAUAAUCCGAAGGAGGGUAACAUUUUGUGAUCUGUUUACUUUCUUCAUGAAUGAAGAUAAGACAAUCUAGGCUAAUCUUCUGACUCUGAAAAGCAUGAACGGGUGAGCAGAUUCUGAAUACAGAAUUGAUCUGAGGCGGAAAAGCGUCAAGAGAGCUUCUUAUAGGGGGAGGUGGUGAAAAAAUCUUCAGAGGAAGCUCUUAAGAGUGGUCCUCAUUUUGCUGGACUUCUGGAGGGAGCUUGAAAUAAAGACGCUGCUCUUGUGAAUCAAAAGGAGUCAGUUGCAGUGGUUCAAGCAUUUGGUCAGGAUACCCCCCUUUGGAGAAGUUUCAGUUAUGUCUAAUAGGGAGGAGACCCAUUGGGGAUUACACAUCCCACCUGGCCUGAGAACACCUUGGGAUCCCAGAGUUGGAGCUGAGGAGCAUCACUGGGUGGAGGGAGAUCUGGGUCGACUUGCCUAUACUGCACACUGGGACCUGAUCCUGGAUCAGCAGAAGAAGAUAGAGAUAUGGACGGAUGCAACAUUAAAAUUACAAGAAAGAAAAACCUCUAUAUAAGCUCCUGUGUAGAACUUGUGGGUUAUAUUGAUUCCGGUGCCCCGUGUGGGCAAAGGGCCUCCUCUUCUCUCUUUGCUUUUUGUCUUGUACAUGUGUAAGUCAUGUUUUCUAACAAAGGAAAUCUCUCUGCUCCAUUUUCACACUCAAGGAAAAUUUUUUGACAUUUUUCUGACAUCUACCCUUCAGCUGUUAUUGUAGAGAGCAGCGCGUUAUCACCAUCACAAUGACUUUAAGACAGUAUCUGUUUAUCACUUUAUUGUCAGGGUGAUGCUUUAUUUUCCAUUUGAUCAUGAUUCCAGUUACUCUCUCUGUUUGUAUAGUGAGAUGAAUAUUUCUUCUGUAUCUAUAAGUGAAGGAAAGAAAAUACCAGUGACGCUAACAUGUCAUACACUUAGCUUUAUAUAGUCAAAUAUAAUAUAUAUAUAUAUUCCACUGAGUUACAUAAAAAAAACAAUUUUACUUUACAUUCCUGUCACAGUGAAUAUGAGAUAGUGUUUGAGGCCCCUCACGACAUUAUCAGUUUGAAUUUGCAGUCACAAGUGCUUCUCAGUUUUGCUCUCAUUAAAGUGUCCGACUUCACUUGAUGGAUUCAUUACAUCAUGUAAUUGAAAGGAAAGCCGCCUGGGAUGGCUGACCUAAAGCGGAUGCAUAUGCGCUGCACACAUCAGGCUUCAUUUGCAUCAUUUUAAUUGAAAACACACGGUGCGCUUUUAUGCUUCAGCCUGACACAGGUUGAGCAGCAGCAUGGUUUCUCAUUCCGCUGGAAUCUCGGCGAAGAUUUUUGCUCCCCACUAAGGACAGUAAAGGUCUGCACUUCAAAGAGCUCACAGAGGAAAUUGCUGUGACAUUAGUUGCUUAUUUCCUGCUUUUAUUGCUACGUAUUUACCCAAAGAGAUCUGUAAUACCUGCAAUUUCCCCAGCAAAAUGUAGCAGAUUUUAUCAGACAGAUGUGUCUUUAAUGUCACUGUGCAAAUAUUUUACAGAGAUAAACCACUGCUAAAGCACUGAACUUUUCCUUUCCUCUGCACAAGCAUCCUUUCAGGAGCAAUAAAACAGCAAAUCAGUUUAUUAAUAGCUCUGGUGGUGAGUUUUAAAUGAUCACUGCAGGUAAAAAGUUCUUCUGUGGUAUAUUUCACACUAACAAAGCCGCUCGCUAACAUCUGCAGUAAUGAAGGUGGGUCUCACAUGUGUCGGAUAGAAAUGUGUCUUUAAACUCUGGCGGUGUUUCAUCAUAAGCGAAGUGCAUUUUCGAACAGCUCGUCUCCUCCUCUGCAGGGAGCGGGUUCUGCUCCAUUAAUUAUUGAGGAAAAUUCUGCGCAGCGACGACUCGAGCCACCAUUUCUGCCUGGCUGAAGCCCACCUGCCCUGUAAUUAUGAAGACCUACCAUUUAGUACAGCACUCCAUCUUGAUCUCUGAUUUGCCUGUCAGAAGCCAUUAAAGCUGCCGCCGGUCCCCGCCACGGGCUCGGCAUGGGGGCCACGUCAGAAUUGAAUCAGCUGGGUUUCAUUGGCAUAUUAAAAAGACAGGCAACAUGAUGCUCUGAACAAUGGAACCGACUGAUGGAAUUUUGAAGGGCUGCAUGGGAAAACCACAUGUGGCGCUUUGCCUCUAAAACAUCACAGGAAAAUGACGGAUAUCAUUAAGUAUUUCUUCCUGCAAAGUCGAGCUACUUUGCUUUAGUAUUUUCUCCCAGCAAGUUCAAACAGAAAGAAAGAGCCUGCACAAUUACUCUCCAUUAAUAAAUCUGCUCAUGCAUUGAUUUGCCUUCAUAGUGGAAUAAAAUGCUGAACACUGAAAUCUGGAUGCUACAGUGAAAGUCAUUACUUCUCACAGAAAGCCUGAUUCAUCCCUGUUAUGAUGAAAGAAGAGAGUUCACUUAUUGGCAUCGGGAGUGCACAACAUUAAAGAGCACCGUGUAACACUGCUCUGUUUGGUGCAUUAUUUCCAAUAUUGAUCAGCUCAUGGUAAACAGUAAAUCUGCAGUAUGUAAUCCUGCAGUGAUUUGGGGAGGAAACAGCAAUAUUUCAGCUCUGGCAGUGUGUCACUCUCAAAGAGAAAAAGGAUUUAGCUAUAAGUCAGUUGGCACAUUACAAAGAGUUAUCUCUCUCUGGAUACAAACAUGAUCGGCACGCUAGAUUAUGUCGGUUUAUACCAGACACAUGUCUCUAUUUCCCAGAAAUCUACUGAAUCUGAAAAAUGUGUUGUAAAAACCGACCCGAGAUUAGUUCCUGAUACCCACCCCUAAUGAUCGAAAGGUUCAGUCUGAUCCAGACCUUGCAGAAACCCUAGACUGUAAGAAUAAGAAUAAUAACUUCAUUGAUCCCUGAAGGGAAAUUGAAUUGUCUGUCGUCUCGUUUGUCAUGUCUCUAAAACUCAUCUACUACUUACAAAAGAGUUAUUAAGUCUGAUCGCUGUUGGUACAAAAGAUCUUGUGAAUCUUUCUGUCCUGCAGCGAAGAGAGAGGAGCCGUCCACCAUCAUUGGCCCUUUGGUCCAUCAAGGUGGUGUGAAGUGGUUGAUCCAUUUUCUUCAGAAUAGUCUCCACCUUCCUUUGUGUAGAUUUCUCCACCACAUCCUCCAGUGAGUCCAACUUGAAUCCAACCACAGAGCCAGUUUUUCACCAGUUUGUUAAGACAUCUUGCAUCUUUGUGUUUGAUUCUUCCUCCCCAGCAGACUGCAGCGCAGAACAAAACACUUGCCACCACAGACUGAUAAAACAUCUGCAGCAUCUUACUACAGAUGUCUAUUGAUCAGAGUCUUCUCAGGCAAAAGAGGCGGCUCUGCCCCUUCCUGUAAAUGAAGUCUAUGCUCUUAGACCAGUCCAACUUAUUAUCCAGAUGUACACCUAGAUAUUUAUAUGAUGUCACCACUUCGAUGUCCACCCCACAGGUGUUCACUGGCUGAAGAGGGGGUUUGGAUCUAUGGAAGUCUAUGACCAUCUCCUUUGUCUUUAAAGGUGUUGAGGAGGAGGCCGUUUUUGUGACUCCAGUCACUGAAGGCUCUUAUCAGAUCUCUGUAUUCAGCUUCUUGUCCAUUUCUGAUACAUGCCACGAUAGCCGUGUCAUCUGAGUAUUUUUGGAUGUAACAGGACUCAAUUCUGUAUUUGAGGUCUGACGUAUACAGUGUGAACAGGAAUGGCGCCAGCACUGUCCCUUGUGGAGCCCCUGUACUGCUCAUUAAUGUCUUAGAAACACAGUUUCCUAGCCUGACAAACUGUGUGUGAUACACAGGCGUAGUCUCAGUUACCUCACCAGUUGACGCCUGUCCGCUGCAGUCACCAUGUUGGAAAUGCUGAUUCAGCAAUCAAGAGAUUAAAAAGGUGGAGUUGAGGCAGGACUCCAGCCUCUUUGUUAACCCCAUCAAAAUCACCUUCAAGCAUGUGAUGUAAAUGCAAGAAUACUUCUCCAGACAGAGUCGACGCCUCUCCAGUCUGGGAUCGUAGAAAUCAUACAUGCCUCUGAUGUACCAUAUUUUUCGGGUGAUAAGGCACACCGGAUCAUAUGGCGCAAAGUGUCUAUGUUCACACAAGGUGCACCGGAUUGUAAAGUGCAUUAAGCAUUGGUUGGUUUAUUGUUGCUGGCACAUACUCUGGGCCUGGGCUGCCUUACAUGAAUGUACUUCUAGUUUAGACAUUACAGUCAGGCAGUCUUGUAGACUGCUCAGGGGUCCUGUUGGUAGUGACACAGCGGACAGUAAUGCUCCGAUAUCCAUUGAGCGGAGCGGCUUCGUCGCUUACCAAAGUCGUAGUUACACAUUUGGACAGAUUUUUUAGCGCAUUGUACCACAUUAAAUCGGUCAGUAAGCACAACAAGUAAUCAUCCAUAAGGUGUGCUGGAUAAUAAGGCGCUAAAUGUCAUUUUUGAGAAAAUUUAAGGAUUUUAAGUGCCCCUUAUAGUCCGAAAAAUACGGUAAUAUCCUCAAUAACAAAGAGAGGAGCAGACUGGCAGGUAUCACUGACUGGGUUUAUGACUCUCAGCCAUGGCAGGAAAUUUUCUCGUCUUAGAAACUAAACCAGUAAAUCAUACUUCAGAGCUCACACGGUCAGAUCUUUUGUUUGCCUCUGUUGUAUUUUUUGGAAUUUUCAAUAUCAUUUGCAUAUUUUCAUUGUUGCGUUUUAUUUGUUUGCUGCUUAUUUUAAUCUUUCCACUCCCGCUGUGGAGCAGCACAGAGUGCAGAGCCGGGAGUCUGAGAAGGAUCAGGUCUGAGUCAAACAGGGUUAACUUGUGGGCAGACAGCAGAUAGGAGGCCACACAGGUUUGUUUGACCCCUGACCCUUGAGCAUUUUGUCCAGAAUGAGGGCGGCUCUGCAGCUUUCUGCUGAUUUGUUGGAAGUGGAGGAAACAUUGACCCAGCAGCUUUAGAUGGAUUUUCUUCUGUGCUGAGCUGCAGCUUCCUGACUGAUUCCUGCGCUGUGAAGGAAAGCAGGGCGACCUCUCACUUUAGCAUAAACACAUAUGGAGCAGAUUUUUAUCAUAUAAAGGCAUGCAUUCUUCUCUGCUUAACUUUUGGAGACAGCAUUAUCAGAAAUUCUCCGACGAUACAGUAUUUAUGUCUGGAGGGCUGAAGCCACUGAGGAGCCAAUGAAAUGACAAAAUACUUCAAACGGCUUCUGUCCCGCAGGUGGCUGCAGCAAGCAUCAGGGCCGUUACAUCUGCACCCGAGGGCCGCAGGAGAGCAGAGGGGGGCCGAGGGGUGAGGCGGCUGAGGCCUCUGUCAGCAGACCGCUUCCUGUUUGUGUCAUGCUCGCUCUCAGCUCGAAACAGCGCACCAUUUACUUUCUGCGGAGCUCAGGCAGCCGCUCAUGUCAAGGAGAGAUGUCAGAGGUGUGA